AUGGCAACCACAAUCGAUAAAGAAGCUUGCAGAGAGGCAUACAACCAAGUCAGAGACGAUAACACGGACACAAACUGGUGAGUGUGGGGACGUGGUCACUUAUCCAUACUCCCUUUGUCAAAUGAGAGUUUUAACUUCUGUACGGUAUUGAACAUAAGAAAAUGAGUUGUGCGUAAUAUACUAAACCGUAGCAUCAUAUGGACACUGAAAUAUCUAAUUCGGCAUUAAUUUACCUUCAUAGGUAAUCGGCGUUUCGACCAAAUCUCAGUUUUAAUUGAAAUUCACACAGCAUGUUAACGCCCACUGCGCUGUCUCUGCGACGGAGACUAUACGAAGAUGAGAAACGGACCCUUUAUAAAAGUUGACAUUUUAUUCAGGCAAUCCCUGUUCAGCCUGCUUGAAGCAAGCCGAAUGAAACAUUACUCCAUAAGGACACAGUAAAUGCAUUUCUUUCAAGUAAUUAACCUGUGAGUGUUUGUAAUCAACAUGAUUACUUUAAAUUCCCCUUAUUUCAAGGCGGUUCUUCCUCUGAAUAUGCGCUGGGCUGGCACACCGGGGGUUUACCAGCCGCAGACACCUUGCUGAAUUGUUAAACUCUGUACACAUGAAACCCUGACUGCAGGCUCUCUGUUUAACAUUUUAUCUGCUUUUCAUGUAGCUCACAGAGUCCUGCUCUCGCGGAUCUGUACUCUGGCUGUUCAGCGGUCACACACCGCACUGUUAUCAGGCCCAGCGGGGCAGAAGUAAUUUCCUUUGUCCUGUAUUCAUAGAGGAUAAUGUUAGAGGAGUGACACUCACACAUGGCUGACACACAGCUGCCACCUUGCAUGGGCGUCUUUGGUAUUCUGCGCAUCGCUGCGUGUUGUAAAAUGGGUCCGAUGUGCACAUCACGCUAUUGUUGUGAAUCAACAGAUCAUAAGACUGAGUAAGACACUGAGUGAAAAUAACUACAUGGUUUAAUCUGCAUCCUCCAGGGCUGCAUUCAAAUAUGAGGGCCCUAUGAUCGUGCCUGCAGGACAAGGGACUGACUAUGAGGACUUCAAGAAGAUGUGCACAGGUAAUGCGUUUUUUGUUUUUUUUUACAACACCAGUGUUACAUUUCAGUUAGACUUAUCUCAUAUGGCUGACUGGUCUUCAUUGUGUGGCAUGUGUGUGGCCUGUAAUAGCCUAUAUACCACACAGCUUGGCUUGGCAGAGCUCUAAUCUUUUAAGACUCAGUCACCCAUUGGCCUUGGGCCCUGUAACUACACACUCAAAGCACUUAACACUGUAUGCAUUACAUUGCAUAACCUGUUCCACAAUAUCCUGUAUGUCUAAAGGACCAGGAAACACUUUAAAAGACAAUCUUUAUGCAUUUGUGCAGCUUAUAAUCCAGAGCAUGAAUGCCAAAGUGUAGAAGUUUAUUUCAAACUCAAGGCGAUGUUUCUAGAUGAGUUGACCUUUAAGCAUUUUGUCCCCCUAGGCAUCACCAUGCUAUCAAGUAAAGUAUUGUCAAAGUUCUUCUUGAAAAAGCUUUUAAAAAAGAGAGAAAUUUUCUGAAGAGACAAGACUGAGCUGUCUGAUAAUGACUGUCAGUGGGUUAGAGAAACAGUGCUGUACGACGUCAGUCCCCCUGUGUCUGGGUCCUCUAGAGCAAAGCAUCAGCUCAGAUGUUGGGUGUGGCUGUUUCUGAUGCCUUCUCCUCUCUUCAAACCUUGCUGCCUCAGGCUCUUGCUCCUUUUUUUUUUCUUCCUGAUAUUACAGAGCUCACAUUCCUGUGAAAUGCUGAAAUAACACAUUUAUCACUGUGCUUUACAACUCUUCAGCCGGUGGGUUUGCCAUUGGUUCCUGUUCAGAGAUGACACAUCAGACAUCAUCCUGUCUGCCGGCUUGUUUUCCUUAUUUAGCAGUGAAGUUGUAACUGUGAGUGUAGGAGGAGCUGAUGCAGACGAAAUCCUUGAGUGAGGUUUGAAGAGGAGGAGAGUUCCUUUUAAGUAGCAAUGUUAAACUAAACGAGGAAGUGAAAUAGACCAGCUCUGGUGUGCACAACCUGGAUCAAUGUAAGGGCAUCGCUCCUUACAUCUUCUUAAGCAUGCCAACAGGAAUUUGAAAUCAGCAGACAAAAUGUAAAAAAGUCAAGUGUAGUCAAUGUGGUUCAACAAUGUGUUUGUUUAAAGAAAUACUGUCCUGAGUUCAGGCACUGCUUAUCAGCUUUUAAAGCAGCUCUGUCACAUAUCAGUUUCCUUCCCUUUUCUUUUUAGUGUCUGCAGAUGUUUUUUUUUUUCUUCAAUUCAAAGUUUGUCCAAACAGAAAGAAGCAGAUUUAUGUGUGGCUUUAUUAUGCAUUGUGUUUUAUACUGAAAACACUGCCCAAGGACAUCAGGCCAGCAGAGCCAGCCAUCUCUUUAAAAUCCAAUUUUAUGGCUUUUUUCUGAUUGUACUUGGCUUUAAAUAUUUAAUUUUAAUUGGAUUAUUUUUCAAAGUUCUUUUAUUUCUUUUAGAGUGUGUAAUGAAUUUAUGAUUUUAUGGUCUGCCUGUUCUAUUAAUUUGUUUAAUUUUGCACCUGUAAAACACUGUGUAACGUGGUUUUGAAAAGUGCUCUGUAAAACAAAUAUACCAUUAUUUUUUGUCUAAAGCCAGACAAAAAAUACAAAACAACAUGUGAAUUGGCAUCGGUAUUUAAACUUAAGUGAGAAAUUUGUUGUUUUAAGAGAGCUAGUCUGUAUUGAGAAUCUCUGAACACCCAACGAUGGCAUCAAAACUAAAGUACAGAGAGAGCUGAGGCAAAAGGCAAAGCUUUUGAAUGACCAGCCAGUCCGUGUUCCAGCUCUCACCUCUGGCUACGGACCAAAAAGAAAAAGAUUGCGGGUACAAGCAGCCAGAACGACUUUCCUCUAAAGGGUGGCGUGCCCUGCCUUAGAGAAAGGGUCAUAAGCAUGGACACCCGGGGGGAAGAGCAGAGCCAAUGCUCCUUCACAUAGAAAUGAGUCAGAUGAGAUAGUUUGGGGAUUUAAUGAGGAUACCUUCUGGGUGCCUCCCCUUAAAGGAGGUCCAGCCAUGUCCAUGGGGUGGAGGCCCCUAGGUGGACCCAGCUGCAGCCUUAUUUCUAAAUGUACACAAUAAGAGUGACAUGUACAUUCUGGUACAGGAGAACUCAGUGUUCUUUGCAAUGAAAAAAAAGAGUGUAUAUGUGUGUAUCUUUACUGUUAUUGGCCAAGUUUUGUUUGAAAAUAUCAUUGUGUCUGUCAGCAAAAUCUGAUAUCACGUGUCCCUAAAUUCUAUAUCAUUUUGUUAUUAUUACAGAGCAGCAUUCUCUGAACUCCUUUACUGCAGUGUAUUGCAGGCAGGCCAGCCUGUGCUUUGUAGCCGUUGUGUGGUUUUCUGCUGUACAGUAAGGCUGCGGGUCAUGGUUUUUUACCGGCUUAUAGUGAAACAUCUCAGCAGUUAUUCAGAGGAAGUUUUUUACCAAGAGGGUCAAUCUUAUUGACUUUUACCACAUGGUGACCAUUUUGAAAUUGUUUCUUCUGGAUUGAUCACAUAGUGAAGAUCCCAGCCUGUAUCCUGAUGUAUUGAUUGUUUGUAUCCAAACACACUCUCGAGUGAAAGGUCUUGAUUAAGGUGAAUACAAGACAGAGUGAGGUGAUCUACCAAUAACCUGUUGAUCAGUCACACUGGAAACAUUGCUGUGAAACAAAGAAGCUGAUCAGAUCUGAACAAUACAAACAAAUACCUUUACAAACCUGCAAUCAGAGGCCGCUGGUGGGUUUUUGUCCCAUGUGAAUGAUGGUGAUAGAAAAUCAUUAUUUUAAUUAUAUAUUGGGAAAACAGUUCAGUUAUACGCUGAUGUUAGUUCAGUGUAAAAAGUGUGGUGUAUUUUCAAGUAAAUAACAUGAAAAUUAGGAUUACUGAGCUUGGUUUAUCUGAUGGCUCCCACUGAAGCAGUUAAUAAACUUUAAUCGAUACUGUGAUCGUGUCUGAUAUGGUUAGCGGUGGGAUUGUGAUAGCUUAGCUGUGUAGAGUCAUUUGCAUGUAAUGUAGUGGAGGUAACACUGGAACAUGAUUCAUCACUACCCACAUUUGUGGUACUUAAGAUGUCUGGAUGAUAUCAUUGGCUGGAGGUGAAAUAUUUCUAUCAGACAUUUGAUUUACAGAUAAAUGCAGACUUCUGACUGUGAUGUCCCUGACCCUGCUUUCAUGAUAUCAAACCAUACUUAUAAAGACAGUUUAUUAAGGGAAUCUGAGCAUAAGUGACAAUCUCUGCCUUUUGGUGGCCAAAAUCAGAGAUUAACUGCCUCAGAAACGUAUAUUGCUAACUAGCUGAUGUAAGUAUCCCCUCAUUCUGCCUCGAGCAGGAACCUGAGUUGACUUGUUGACUUUGCUCCCUCACAAUCCCACCUGACUCUGCUCACAGGGGACAGCUCUCGUUACAGACACUGUCGCAGAGGGACUUAGUUUCUGAGAGAGCAGACACAAGGAGGUACAAUAUCACCCUCUAACCUUUAGCGUGCGAAAAUGAAGUCAAAUUAUGCAGAACAACGUCUCUCCCGACAAGACUUUUUGCUGUCUCAUCAUUGUGGUAGUUUCUUUGGAGUUUUCUAUACAGGGCUGAGGGCCGGCUGCAGAGUCAGCACGACUUUAAAGGGAAGACAAACCAGGAAGAAUCUAGCAGGGGGAGGAAGUGUGGGUGUGAGGGUUAGCUGCAGGUCGGGGUGAGGGCCGUGUUUGUUCCUCUUUGGCAUCUCAAGCAGUGGCAAAGACAGUUAGACAAAAGAAAGUAAUUCACCUUGACUUUGACAGAAUAACUAACAGGGAAGAAGUGGAAACUAUUGACAUCCUUUAUGGCUGUGCUGAUAAGACUCCUCAGAGUAGCUGCUCCUGCUGAUGUGCGGCUCCUCUGAUCUGAGAGGAGAGUAAAUAAAGAUUGUAGGGUUCACAGUAAAAACUCCCAAUGCAGCUCUGAAAAAUCGAAUGACCUCUUGACACUUACAUAAAGCUCCUGUAAGGUGUUUUUAACUGGUUAUGAAACAGACUGACAUUAACAGCAAAAACAAAACAACUAAAUAAGACCAUCAACAAUAUGGCUGAUGGUUUCCUUUUUUUAAGGGAUCAGAUGAUGUUUGGAAGUAUUUUGAUGAAGUGAGUUUUACUCCUUAGAAGUUAAACAUGUUGCAGAUCAUUUGCAUAAAAUUCGUUGCGGCGUUUUGACAUUUUUAGACCUUAAACAUGUUUUAUUUACAUGGUGUGGUUCUUGUAAAUCAAGGAUUGGAACAUCUGAAGGACUGAAGGGCAAUCAUGCCCACCAUAUUUUGGCAUUUUGCAAACAGUUUUUCUUUUUAAGUUUCCAAAUCAGCUAUCUCGCCCUUCAUCUUAACAUGGCUGAUUUCUCUUCACAGUCCACUUUACAGGAAAUCACAAGGCAAACUGAACACAUCUUAUUUUGUUCUGUUUGAUAGAAGAAGAGGAAUGUCCAGGGUUUUGGCCUGAGGUGGUAUGUUCCCCUCUCCUGCAAUCUUAUUGGUUACCCAAUAGUGUCCCAAAAUACCAAACUAUGGCUGGCUACUUGCCUGAUCAGAGGGAGGAUUUAUUCUCAAAUUAACAAUUUUGGCAGUGUUGCAACAGGCUGUCUGCAGCAUUUACCACUCUCUAAUGCAACACGUUUUUAAUUGUUGGUACUAUCGAGUGUAAAUGUGAACUUCCCCUUUUUGCACUUACUUUAAAACCUGCACACAUGAAUACGAAAUCUUUUUGAUACAGUAAUUAUUAUAGUUCAACAAGAUUUUACUGGUUGGGACCAAAAUUGUACAAAAAAAAAAGCUUUUUGAGUGGGAAUAUGCACCUGAAAAGACCAGUGCCUUUGGUUGGACCACCCCAAUCCAAUAAGUCCAUUGUGGCCCUGGAGUGAUGGUGUCAAAGGUCUAAAAAAAAAAGGACUAAAAAUGAGGAUGGUCUCAAAGUCUGACUAAUUGACCAGUCUAAAGAGAAAGAAAGCACCUAGAAAACAAUUAAAUUUUUGUUUGUUUUUUAAAGUUAUAUUUUUAGGCAUUUUUACAGUUUUAGAUAGGACGGCUGAAGGGACAGGAAAUGUGAGAAUAGAGAGUGGGGAAGGACAUUGGACCAGAAAACACUGCAAUGAGGACUUUUGCCUCUGUACAUGGUGAGUUGAGGAGACUAGGCCAUCAGUGAUCCAGAAAACAAUUAAUGUUUUGCGUAAUUUAUGUACACAGCGUAACAAAUGAACAUAAUUGAUUCAACGACAAGUCAUAGCUAUAGAGAACUGAAACAGUUUCAUAGUACGAACAAUGAUACAACAAGCAUACUAAACUUCCUUUUACCUCUAGUGGCUCUUAUAACUAGUUUUCUCUGUACUGAGUUCACAUGAAUUUGAAACUUUGAAACAAAAGCUGGAUUUUUUCAUUUACAAUUUCUUGUUGAUUAUAAAUAUGUUUUCAAUAUCCUUGCGGCUCUGGUGGAAGCUUUAUAAAGUGUAAAAAUAAAUUCCCUUGUUGUGAUUUCUCUGCUCCUGCUUGAGCAGCUCAUAUGAAACCCUGUGCUGCAAAAAGGGUGUGGAGUUUAAAGAUGUUUUCCCUCAGGAUGCAACAUUUUCAGAGCCUUACCAAAAGUCACGAUUACUCCUCUGCUUCAGUUUUUACCACUUGUAUUCAAUUUCACUACAAUGAAAAAAAAAAUGAAAGAAAAUACAACAUACAACAGAUUAAAAGAGCUCUGGCUCUCUUUUGUCCCUCAUGGUUGUGUGUGUGUGUGUGUGUGUGUGUGUGGAGGGGGGUCUGUAAUUAUAACACUGAAUUAUAAGAGGAUAAGCUUGGCUUAGGCAAAAACUCAAUGUCUCUGUAAACACAGGGUGUCCUCUCACAUUCUGUUAGGUCACAGCCUUUUUGGCUGGAUUUCUGUCAGUCAGUGGUGCAUUGCAGAGGUCUUUUUAAAGAAAAGCUGGCUCUUAGACAGCGUGCGGAUGGAGUCAAGUGCGUCCACCUAUCAUUAGCCAUUAACAUGUAGAUUUCAUCCUCUUCUGACCCAGAAAGGAAAUGUGAGUGUCAGAUAUCUCUCUGUAAGUACUUUGACUGUUCUUUGUGAGGAUUUGCCCGGCAGCUCAUUGUCCGGGUAAAGAAAGCCUCUGUCAGUCACACAGGGCAGGAACAUCUGGAAGACAAAGAACCACAAUCUGCUCAUGUUGUUGUUACAUAAUGACACAUAGCCUGCAGACAGAGCCAACAACACAGUCGAAGUGUAUUUGUCAGACAGCGAAGUGGGGAAAGUGACAAUUUGACUUCUAAAACUGUCAGUUUGUCUUCACUGUACAAAUAAAUCUAAAUGAAGUUUCUGAAACAGCGUGUACCUGUUAAAUGCCCUAAAGCCAUCACAGGAAAAACAGACAUCAGUGCAAAGCUUUUCAGACUCACUUGGCUCUCCCUUUGCAGUUUUCUUCUUUGCCGUGGUGCUUUAAAUCGCUGAUACUCAUAAAUCUCACUGAUACUAUAUGAAAGACCAGUCAUGAAGUUUAACUUGAGGAUUUUUUUUAUCAGUUUCAACACGUCUGUCAUAGUGUGCAUGUACCAUUUUCAUAAUCUUAUCUGACAACCAGCAAUCUCAGCAGUUAGUUUAUGACAUGUUAUUAGAUGUGUUGUCUGCCUGCAGAUAUGAUAGUUAUUACAUCCUGUUUUAAUGAUAGCAGGAGCCUAGAAGAGGGCUUAUUAGAUUUAUAAUUAAUUUUGUUCAUUUGUAGGCAGAAAGAUUUCCCCACAGGUUAUUUUUUAAAUUAAAUAAUGUCACAGCUUGCUUUAAAGCUGAUGGAUUAGUCCUGCUCCUGUAGGAUAAUUGUGGCGGGUUCUUGGUGUGCUGGCUCCAGUUGGAGAUGUAACCCUGAGAAAGAUGAUCAAUCCCUCCAGUCAAGUUUGUGGACACAUACAAGAAAUCUGACUCAGGGUUAACUUUGUUGUCUGUGUUAAGCAUUUUAUACCAAGUAUUAAACCAAUCAAUACAACCACAGUCCCCCAAAACAUUGGGGAGCUAUGUGAAAUGAAUGAAAACAGCUUUUCAAGGUUGCGAACAUCUUCCCAUCUUUACUUCUGAGACUCUCUGAGGUGCCCUUUCUACACCCAGUUAUGUUACAAACCUGUUACAAGUUACCCUUAUUAGUUGGGAGUUGUCUCUUAUAACACAGGUUUUUCCUCUCACAGCUGCUACGUCACAGUCUUUUGAUGCGUAGUUGUCUCGGUAUCCAGUAAUACAGAAAUGAAUUAGAGAUGAUGUACACAUAAUUGUGUAACAAAAAUUAAAUCAAAGAAGGAUUUUUAGGUUUUUCUUCCUCCCCAGUGUUUUUAUUUUGCUUAAGCCUCCAGUUUCAGGUUGGUUCAGUGUGAGUGACAUGCCUGCUUGCAUUGACAAAAUACAGGAAACAAAUUUAAGCUCCAGACUGGUUGUGUGUCCUUUUUACAGUCAGAGGACCACCUGAGAUCAACCAGCAUGGUAUCAGAGAGGUCUGUGACACACAGCUGCGGGCCUCACAAAACAUUUGAUUCAUUUAGUGUGUUGGCCUGUAUAUUUCCUCAAUGCUUGGACAAACACAUACACUCACACAUGUACAUGUACACACACACACACACACACAAACACACAGAACAACAAAGGCAGAGCUAUGAGUUCAUCUGUUAUUCAUCAGCACUUAAUUAUUUUGCUUUUGUUCACAGAGGGCAGAGACAUUUACGGUAGACUUUCAGACUGUGGUUACAGUAUAUGUUGUGUUGAUGAAACUAAUCUUCAUCUUAUUCAUUCACAAUAUGUGACUUCAUAAUCCUCCUAUACCAAUGAUCGUUAAUUCUGAGUAGCAAAAGCAUUACCAGGGACAACUUGAUCACAUACAUAUUAAAUCAAUCUGCGGGAAGGACAGCACUGACAGCAGAGAGGAGAAGACAAAAAGUGGGAAAAUGUUGUAGAAAUUAGUACAAGAUUUGAAACACAAGAGGCUUAGCGACAGAAACAUCCACCGAAUUGAAGAAAACAGCAGCCACAAGCUAAAUCAGGGUAUGAGCUUUGGCAGUGUUGCAUGACUGGUUAAGUGAGACUGAAAUAGUAACAUAAUGGAAUGAGGAUCUUACAGGAGCUGCUUGUGUUUUCUGCAUCUUUUAGAAACCAAACAGAAAAAUUACGAAUGAGUAAAGCAGUUUCAUGUUAAAUUUUGUGCUGCUUCACUUUUCUUUAGUGGUUUUAGGAUGUUGGGAGGAGCUGUGAGCUGAGCUGCUGCUAACUGAAGCUCGGUGUGUUUCUGGUGAUUUAAAUCGAUGCUUUUGUUUUAAACAGUUUUACUGGUUGGUAGAGGCCAAAAGCAUAUUUUUGGGUCAGUAUAAAUCUGCUUGAUUGAAUUUUAUAUGAUUUAAACAAAUGAUUGUCAAAUGAUUAAUUUUCAAAACUGCAAUUAAUUGCAGAGUUUUAAUACUAAUGAUUCAUUGUAAUAGUGAUCCCAUGAAGGUCACUUUCAAAGCAGUUUCAAAGUUUAUAUGAAGAAUGUGAAACAGUCAUCAGCAUUUUGGUUUGAGGAUCAAAUGAAAGCAAUAAAAUGUACUUUGUGAUCUUUAUUAUUACAUUAACCAUUCAAAUCAGUGCUGUACUUAUACUCCUGUGUGGUCUGUAAUCAUGACUUGAAGGGGAAAGACAGCUUCAGAGAGCUUAACCUAGAAUUACAGUGUGUUUAAAUUUGCGGGACUGCUUGUACAAAAUGGGCAAUCAGUGUCACAGUGAUGUGCAGCUGCUCUGAGAUAAUUCUGGUCACUCCCUGUUAAUGCAAUAGCACUAGCUGUUUCUAGAAGUUCCACUUUGGUUGCUUUCUUUGUUUCUUUGAUAUAUUAAAGUUUUCCUCCACGGGUCCGUGGUGAUUUACUCUGUCAGCUUUUUUUGAUGCAGUUGCCAACUAAACAUGAUUAGCUGCAUCUGUAUGUUUAGCUUGCAGAUUACUUUUGAUUUCUCAGUUGAGCCACCUGGAAGUUGAUUUGAAAGCUGAUGGUGUCGAUAAUUUACAUCAUUGUGGCUGCAGGAAGAUUCUCAGGCAGCUUCACUACAGCUUGUGAUUAACAAAAAUAGAUUAUGGCUCCAGGUCUAUUUUUUUGUCUUGUAAUAGUGAUCAGCAGUGCUUUGAAAUCUGAUUCCUAAAUGGUUGUCAUGAAAAGGAGAUGUUGUGAUUGUGUUUCCCUACAAAAGCUCUAUCAGUUAUGGUCCACUCUUCAUGGAAGACUUGAGCAUGGCCAUGACAGGGGGUCAGUUAGUACCUGCCAGGUGUUAAAACAGACUUGGCCAAUCAUUUACAGCUGUUACGGUGUUUCUGUUAAAUCAAGUAUGAGUCCUCUGGCGAUGAAGGACUCAGCUGAUCUGAUCCCAGUAUAAAUGGGUUACAUUUUCAGGAUACAGAUGUAGAAACUAACAUGGACACUUUUUUUCUGGAAUAAGAAUAAACAUGUUUGAUUGAAUUUAUAAAGAACAGAAUUAAAGCAGAAGUACCUCUUUCUGUCAUAUGAUGUUAGCGUGUGCAUGUUCUGUUGAAUGGUUUUUGUAUGAGUGCAGUUCAGAACAUUUUAUGUUUCCAUGAAUGCAGUUAAGCGUGUGCAUUUUUAAUAUGAGCUAUAUGAACACCUUCGAUCUGUUCGCUCAGUUUCUUCUGUCUCUUCCCUCAGAUGAUGCCCGUUUGUUCGGCUUCAUCCGGAUCACGACAGGAGACGCCAUGAGCAAACGAGCAAAGUUUACCCUCAUCACCUGGAUCGGAGAAAACAUUGGCGGUCUAGCACGUGCAAAGAUCAGCACAGACAAGGCAAAAGUGAAAGAGAUCGUGCAGGUAAGAGGCUGUGAGCUGAACAUAACAAUUAACGUAAUCAGUGUCAUCAUUAGAGUUACAUGAAGCAAAACUAUAAUGGGGCCUCUGGGAGAAGAGGGUGUUUACAGAGACAGCAUGGCAAUACAAUGCUAGUCACAUUUAUACUGUAUAAUUAAGUUUUUUUUUUUUGAUAAAACAACAAACCAUUUCACCUCUAAAUCAUAGGAGGAGAAUACAUGACUGAGGUCAAGUAAAAACCAGAACUCUAAAAUGAAAGUCAUCGACAAAUAAAACAAAGAGUGAAGCAGAUGUGCUAUAAAAACAAGAACAAAGAGACCCUUACUAAGGUUUGUGACAGAAAGGUAUGCGAGAGAUUAACAGCAUGAAUAAUAGUGUUUUGUGAGAGUUGGAUGCAAAAAACGUGAAUCUAAAAAGUAGCGUGGGAAUUUUGGUUUGCAGAGUUGACCUUAAAAUUAAAUCAUUAGUUAAGAAAAGCUUUUUGCAGUUUUUAGCUGCGUCAUCAUAAAUACAAAAAUACAGGAGCAACAGCAUGAGAUACUGCCAAUGUGAAAAACGGUGUCUUCAAAUGCUCUUUGUCAUUUAUCUUUCAUAACUUUUUUAAUGUGCAAAAUUAAAACAGCGGUCUAAAAGCUGAGUUUUUCCUGACUUGGACUGACCCACUAAAAAUCUGUUUUAAGUAAAAGAUGAUAUGAUGUAGUAUUUGAAUCAUAUGGUAGUCAUAUGUGACCUUAAAAAUAUAGAUGGCUGGAAAUGAUUACAUUUCUCCUAAAAGCUGGUAGUUUUGUUGAACUGUCAUGAACUUCCAUCUCCAGGUGAGAACCACUGAAGUGAGAGAAGGAACAAAAAGUUUUGAAGCUUUGCAUCAAACAGCAAAAUCUGGUUUGACUGACAAAAGACUUUGUUCCUUCUUCCUCAGCUCUGGUUUGUUUCAUGGUGACCUAAUACACCAAUAAAAUCAGAUUUAAGUUCUUAUAAAAUUCAAAAAGCAAGCACUUGUUUAUAUUCUUACCAAACAUCCCUGUUACCAUCUGAAGGCCUUAUUCUGUGCGUCACUGUGAAAGUGCAUAAAGAGCGCAGAUAUGAAUAGAAAAAGGGGCCUGCUCAGCAAGAUGUUACUCUUUAUUUCCACUUUAAAAGAAAUAAAAUAUUCCUAUGCUAAAAAUAAUCACAGUGGUAUACCAUAUGUUCAUGCUUAUGGUCCUGUACACUGGUUGCCAGAGGAUGGAUGAAUAAGAGGUGGCAGACUGCAAGCAAGUAGCUUCUGAGAGAUGAGGAGGCACUUUUGAAAUUGAUGUUCAAGAUUUAUUGUGAACAAUGCUUGAACUUUUUUUCUCCUCAGGUUUUAGACAAACUAGACAGAAAAAAGUCAAAACUAAAGCAGGACAAUCGUUUAAUGAGACAAUGUCAUCUCCAAGGAAGUUUUGGUCACAAAGCUGCUGAUAAAUCAGAAUUUUGAACAUAAUUGGAAACAGAUGAAAAGUUAUUGCACUCAUUGGUUACGUUUAUGAAAUAAUGUGUUGUUCUGAUCUUGUCUUGCUUUUCCUCAGAUUGACUGAUUGUGUUGUUUUAUUUUAAUGUUUUCCAUAAAUAUCACUAUCAUAGUGUUAUUGUGAUAUUUUAAGGCCAUAAUAGUGAACAUCUGAUAUCAUAUUAGCUCAUGUUCUACUAAUCAAUCAGUUUAUGUCGACUUUGUUUCUGAUUCUAACAAUCUGUCAAGUGGAUGAAUCAAGGCUGGAAGAGGAAAAACGUGUGUUCUGAGAGAACAAUAAGAUAGUCCUUUGCAAUGCACCUGUAGAGCAGGUGAAGAAACAACAAAUCUGCCCAGUCUAUGCCAAACGGGUUUGUUAUUUUGCUGUAGUUACACAACUGUAGAUUACCUGCCAGGACUUUGCAUGUGUUUUUUAAGCCCGCAAUGCACUUUUAAGCAGGAGUAUGCCUCUAAAGUGUUAUCAAGGUUUUCAUUUUAGCUGCAACGGGUAUUACAAGAAUGAAGCAACACCUUAACUUUAGUGUUGCUCUUUUCCUUAUAAUGUGUUUUUUGUUUCCUCAGAACUUUGCCAAGGAGUUCAUGUUUAGUGACCCGAAGGAACUGGAUGAAGACAACAUCCGUGAGGAGCUGAAGAAAGCGGGAGGAGCCAACUAUGACGCUCAGACAGAGUAG